AUGAGGACUUCUUUCCACAUUGCAUCCACAGGACCACUUCUAACGGUCAAACAUAGGAUUUCCCACUUACUGCCCGUGGAGGACCUUCUCAAACUUCCGAAGAGAACGGCCCUUCUCGCCACAUACAAGCAUUUCUUUCGUCUACGGCACCUUGUCUUAGAUAAGCCAUAUCAAGAACAACAGUAUGUUCAGCUGCUUAGAAGACGCUUUUCUCGAGGCGACUUCAAUCUAAGAAGAAAUAAAGUGCUAGGAGUAAGCGAACUUCUUUCACAUGAAGAUCUUAUUAGAAGAAUUGCUGCCACAUACACGUUUGUCUUUAAUGCUACUUGCAACGUGACUGACGAACCUCCACCAGUCAAAACAUACGAUGACGUGAAAGCUGCCAAUAAGCCACAUCUAGAAACUAGCAUCCUCGAGACGAUCCUUAAAAUGGAAGAAGGAGCAUCACCAAAACUUCUCCAUGAUUCCGAAUAUACCUGGUACGAUAAGGCGUGCGAAAGAGAGAAGGAACUAUGCCUGGGGACCAUUGACGCCAGUCGAGCCAAAGAGCUCAAUCGUACGAGAGAAGUUGUUGAUAUCGGAUACGCAGAUUACGAAAGAACCGUCAUGGCUCUCAAUGAGUCACUCGGUCUCUGUCUCUAA